CGUUAAGGGAUCAUAUUUCGAGGCCAAAAUCGGAGAAAAUAAAUAUUCAGUCCGCAAUUCAGGGGAAAAAACAGCAAGGUACGACAUCCCCGGGUUGUGACCUUUGAGCAUCAUAAAACACGCUAAGGAUCGCAAACAACUCUCACAGAGGCCAACCCACAUGGAAGUUGUUUUUUUUGUUUCUUUUCUUCCCCCUCAUAGAGUGAAGUGCACAAGACAGCCGAGUGGAGUUGCAUGCGGGUCAAAGGCGCACAAAAACAUGGGGAAAUAUUUUUUAUUUUUGCUGGUUCUGGUGCUCUGGAUAAGCGAUACGCUCCAGAAGAAAGAACUUUCAAAGGAGAACCGCAGACCCGCUUCUUCUCUCUGAACGGGACGCAGCUUCUCGCCUCCUCGCCUCCCAGACUCCGGUUGCUAAGCAACAGCACCGCGGGGUAUCUGGACGGCCCGCUGAGCACCAAAAUCCUCCCCGCCGCCUACUUGCUGGUCGUGGCCGUGGGGGUCCCGGCCAACGUGGCCAUCCUGAGCGCGCUGGCCGCCAAGGUGCGCGCGGUGUCGUCGGCCGUCCUCUACAGCAGCCUGGCCGCCUCCGACCUCCUCCUGCUCGUCUCGCUCUUCUUCAAGGCCCACUACCAUCUCCGCGGCAACCACUGGGUGCUGGGAGAGGGCGCCUGCCGGUUGGUGACGGCUUGUUUCUAUGGCAACCUCUACUGCUCGGCCCACACGCUGGCCUGCAUCAGCAUCCAGCGCUACCUGGCCGUGGCGCACCCCUUCACGUACAAGCGGCUGCCCAAGCGCCGCUACGCCGCCUGGACGGCGGCGGCCGUGUGGGGGGUGUUCGUCGCCGCCGUCCUCCCCCACCUGUUGGUACAGCAGAGCUUUUGGAUCCCCGAGCUGGGCCGCACCACCUGCCACGACGUGCUGCCGCUGGACCUCGGCUCCCACGUCUUCCUGCUCCGCUACAACCUCGUCCUGACGCUGGCGGGACUCCUGGGCCCGCUGGCGGUGACGGUUUUAUGCUACGGGCGAAUCAUGUGCGAGCUGCGGCGAUCGCAUCUGGACUGGGCCGUCUACAUGAAGGCCAUUUCUCUGGUGUUCGCUAUCUUCUUGGUGUGCUUCACGCCCGCCGGGGUGGUGCACUUCCUCCAUUACGUGCAGCUUUUUGUGGACGGCACCGAGGGUUCCUACGUGGUCUUCAACGUGGCCGUGUGUCUGUGCUGCGUUCACGCCUGUUUGGACCCCUUCCUCUUUCUCCUCAUGUCCAAAUCUGCUGGAUCCAGGUUGUACUACAUCGCCUCGAAGCCAAGACGGCUCAGCAUGUCCUCCUGACAAAUUUGACCGAUUGGGUAUCUCCGUAUGGUUUGGUUUUGUCACACACAUACUGCAUUUUCAAGUCAUUGGUCAUUCCAUAAUCAUAUGAGGGGACUUGGACAAAAUAAUUACGUAACAUGGAAAGUCCUGGCCUUUAAUAUGAGCACAGUGCAUUUAACAAUCCGGUCCAAUCGAAGCGGCUUCUCUCAUUGCCUUUAAAAGCGACGCAAUAGUAGUGCACGGAGACAUCUCUAUUUGCGGAGGACGACACAGCGAUCUGUGCGUGACUGGAGUAUUGCAAGUUGGCGGGUACCCUUAUCAAAUACAGAAUGAGCUUGCAAUAUAAAGUCAAUAUGGUUUGUUGCAAAAUGGAUUUUUGAUCGUGUUACUAGUUUUUUAACUGUUUGGUUUCUUGAUACUGGUCAAGGUGAACCUCCACGAAAACCCUUUGACGUUCACGAAUGUUUGCACUUUUGAUUCAUAUUUGAAACCAUGCAAUGUGACCCUGUGUAGGUUUGUACGGUAUGAGCAGGACCCUCAUACAAGUACAUCAUAAGAAAGCUUUAUGUAGCCACAAAGAUGUCAAUGAACUUUUUCGUUCACAAUUUCUUUCACCUACGUUGAAGUUUGCAGGCAAAAAAAAGUCUUGACGAAUGUUAGCAGUGUUUUAUUUUUUGCAUGUUAAUACAGCUAAUAUAAGUCUAUGAGACAAACACAUUUUACAGUAUUUGCUAUCUCCUCUCCUCUCUCAUGGAAGAGGAAUUUCCUGGACUUCCUGCGAGAGGAAGCAGUGAGACACGCCCGCAAUCACAAAAACCCAGGGCGGCACGACUGGGAAUAAAAUGAAGUCAUGCUCGUCCACUUGUGUAACUUGGCUCUAUUUAAAUAAAGUUUA